AUGCGGUCCAGCAUCGCCUGCGCUCGAUGCCGGCGCAGUAAGAUCAAGUGCGUCAAUGCCGGCAUCGACACCACCUGCCGCGCCUGCGAAUCCUCCGGCCGAGAAUGCGUCUACCCAACUCCCGCCAUCGGCGUAAGCGGCGCCAAACGAAAUCUGGAGGCUCUGGUGGACGGCGAGGACCGGAACGGCGACUGGGACGGUCCUAAACGAGUGCGCUCGCGCAAAGUACCCGGGCUCGCGGGCGCGGGCGCCGGUUCCAAGGCUGGUCUUGAUGCGCUCGACUCUUCUAUUCUCACGGCCAAGGUCUGGGAAGCCGUCUUCGACCUUUUCCAGUCGCAUUUCGCGACUCUUCUACCCUUCCUCCACCCUGCUACUUUUCUCGGCCAGAUCCGGCAACUCUCUACACCCGCGCCUGUCUCCAUUGAUGGGCAAGAUCUUGCGCGCUCUGUGCCCAAGCCGGAUCCCUCGGCUUCCCUGAUUCCGUUGGGCGUAUUGGCCUUGACAGCCCGUUUCCAUCCGCCGUUGGUCGCCUAUCACUCGCCGGCCUCGCCUGGUCAUUCACCCAACCCUCUGUCGGCAUCCGAAUAUUAUGCGACGGCUUUGCGCAGCCGGCUGGCCGGCCUCGAUGGCGCGAGUCUCGCCGUGCCCGACCUCGCGCGAGUGCAGGCAUUGCUAAUGCUCGCUCUGCAUGAGUGGGGCAUGUGCCGUGGAAAGAGCGCCUGGGUCUAUGUCGGCAUGGCGAUCCGACUCGCACAAGCCAUGGGCCUGCCGUUCGAAUUAGACAAUGAGUUCCCGCCUCGCGACAUGUCUCGUUCGUCGCCCGGAUUCAAGUCCGAAGACCACUUCGGCUUGCUGCGGCGGGAAACCAAGGAGCAGACCUCCGACGAUAUUAUCUCUCAAGAGACCAAGCGCCGGACUUUCUGGGCCUGCUUCAUCCUUGACCGGUGCCUGAGCAGUGGUAAAUAUCGACCGCGCAUGAUUCGUGUCAAGGAGCUCGGAAUCCAACUUCCGAGUGAUAAUGCGUUUGCUUUUGGUGAGCGCGUACGGACAGCCCGACUAUAUGAGCCUACCGGGCGCCGCCCGCAAAGUUUUGGCUCCCAGGGUGUUCAAAUCCCAAGCAUUCGUCAGAGUCUGGGUGGUUUCGGUGAUGAGAAGUUGCCGCCUGCCAAUGGAACGCCGGAUGGCAAGUCGUGGUCACCCGUCUCACGCCGGAAGGACUCUAGCGAGGACGAAGUUGAUCGAUGGGAGGUCGGCGCCGAAGAGUCUGUGCUCAGCCGAGUGAUUCGGAUCAUUCGCAUUUGGGGCAGCAUUGCCAAGUGGUCCUGUGCCGGCGGUCGACGGACCGAGCAAUAUCCGCCGUGGCAUCCCGACUCCCGCUUUGCGUCUCUGCGCAUGCAAUUGAACGAGUUCCAAGACAGCCUGUCUCGCAACUUGCAAUAUUCUCUGCGAAAUACUGACACCCAUAUCAUGUAUAAGACUACGCUUGCCUCGUACACUGUCAUGCAUGUGGUCUAUUUCUUGUCCGUCAUUGUCUUGCACCGUGCUUAUAUUCCUUUCUUGCCACUCCGUUGCAAUGAGCCCGUCGGUCCAUUGGACGAGCCAUUGUUCCCCUCGGACAAGAUCAACGGCCCGCCCGAUGCUUUCUGGCGUGACAGUGCCCGCGAGCUUUUCAAGGCGGCUCGACAAAUGAUCGACCUCGUGGCUACCUGCCAAGGCCGCGGAGCCCUUGUUGAGAACCCUCUUGUUGGAUUUGCCAUUUACAAUGCUGCCUUUAUCGGCAUCUAUAGCACGCAUUUCUCGCACAUGGACGCUGAUGGUUUGAUGGGUUCCAAGCCCCCACCUGCCAGUCAUGAUAGCCACCAGCCCGGUGCGGUGCAAGCCCGCAAAGCUUUGGAUAUCCUGCGAGAGAUGCGUCCGCGUCUGAAGAUGGCUGUGGGCUGGUUCCGCACCCUGAACCGCCUGCACAGCUACUUCUUCAAGGUCAAGCGCGAUUACCGUCGCUACUCGCGUAAUCGCCUCGACAGCAUGUCCGAUGCGUCUGACCAUGGCAUGACGAACGGUGUUCGCUCAAUCCGUGAGGGUGGAGGUGGUCUUGAGGAGUUCAAGCUUCUUGAAAAACUCUUCCUUGAUUUCGGAGCUAUCGAGGACCGGCUUGAGGGGGACGAGGACGGUACUGCCAUUGCUGUCACUGGAGAGCUGAUGGCCGAGCGCAUCCCCAGCGACGCUGGCAGCAACGCCGUGAAGAGCGAUCUGGGAGACCCUACCGACCAGUCCCUGGACGGUGGCAGUGGUCGUCGCGAGUCAUGGAUCCCAGUCAACAGUCCCGGCCUACCACCUCCAUCCCACGAGGGAGACCGCCGCCCAAGCCUCCCUCUCCCCAACAGCCGACCUAUGCCAUCCCAAUCACCCUACUCGUUACCAUCCCUACAACAACACCACCCAGAUGGCGCAAUGUACACCUCUUCACCACCGAGCCUCCCCUCCAUCACAGCAACCACCCAAUCUCCAUCCCAAUACAUAACAGCCACAACCAACCGCCUCCAACCCAUCAACUCAUGGCUCCCAUCACGCCCCUCAGCCCCACCCCCGCCAUACUCCCAAUCACUUCCCCCCAUCAACGCAGCCACUCAGGCUCAAGUUCCUGUCCUCCCUCCCCCAGGCUCAGUCGGCCUCGCCCCCUCCCCACCCCUGACCUCAUCCGAAGGCCCUGACUCAACCCUCCUCUCAACCAGUCUCGGCGGCGAUGACGUCCUCGCCUUCCUAGACGGAGGUGAAUGGUCCGCAUCUCUGAAUUGUCCUUCUGAAAUCGGUAUCCCGGCUGGCUGGCUCAGUGCCGUGUGGACGCAGUUCAGUCGUAUCUAG